AUGGGAGGAGUUACAACGGCGACUAUACGAGGCCACAUUUCCGAUGGAAGCGGUAGCAAAAGCGAUGGGAGGAGUUACAACGGCGACUAUGCGAGGCCACAUUUCCUGAUGGACGCGGUAGCAACAGCGAUGGAAGGCGGUAACAACAGCGAUGGAAGGGUAACAACGGCGACUAUACGAGGCCACAUUUCCGAUGGAAGCGGUAGCAACAGAGAUGGAAGGGUAACAACGGCGAGUAUACGAGGCCACAUUUCCGAUGGAAGCGGUAACAACAGCGAUGGAAGGGUUACAACGGCGAUUAAACGAGGCCACAUUUCCGAUGGAAACGGUAACAACAGCGAUGGAAGGGUAACAACGACGACUAUACGAGGCCACAUUUCCGAUGGAAGCGGUAGCAACAGCGAUGGAAGGGUAACAACGGCGAUUAAACGAGGCCACAUUUCCGAUGGAAACGGUAACAACAGCGAUGGAAGGGUAACAACGGUGAUUAUACGAGGCCACAUUUCCGAUGGAAGCGGUAACAACAGCGAUGGAAGGGUAUCAACGGCGACUAAACGAGGCCACAUUUCCGAUGAAAGCGGUAGCAACAGCGAUGGAAGGGUAACAACGGCGACUAUACGAGGCCACAUUUCCGAUGGAAGCGGUAACAACAGCGAUGGAAGGGUAACAACGGCGUGUAUACGAGGCCACAUUUCCAAUGGAAGCGGUAACAACAGCGAUGGAAGGGUAACAACGGCGACUAUACGAGGCCACAUUUCCGAUGGAAGCGGUAGCAACAGAUAUGGAAGGGUAACAACGGCGAUUAUACGAGGCCACAUUUCCGAUGGAAGCGGUAGCAACAGAUAUGGAAGGGUAACAACGGCGACUAUACGAGGCCACAUUUCCGAUGGAAGCGGUAACAACAGCGAUGGAAGGGUAACAACGGCGAGUAUACGAGGCCACAUUUCCAAUGGAAGCGGUAGCAACAGCGAUGGAAGGGUAACAACGGCGAGUAUACGAGGCCACAUUUCCGAUGGAAGCGGUAACAACAGCGAUGGAAGGGUAACAACGGCGACUAUACGAGGCCACAUUUCCGAUGGAAGCGGUAGCAACAGCGAUUGA